AUGAGUGUGACGCUGUCUGGUCGCCCCGCCGCCGUGUGUCUCGGCAUGGGCGUGGCUGUACUUGCUUCCGUGUCUUUCUCUCGACAUAAUACAAAUCUAUGGCGUGUCUUUCGCCAAGCGUCUGCAAACUGUCGAUCUCGUCGCCAUCUCUGCAGCUCCAGCUCCAAACGACUGUCACCAAGUGCGCGACUCUUGCCAUGCGUUCAAGAACUGGAACAAGCGGAUCUCAAGAAACGCAGUAAACAAACGAUAACAGUCGUUCAGCUCAACAUUUUAGCAAGUAAUUUGGCGACGCGGAAUCAUUUCCCGUAUGUUUUGGAGUCAAGUUUAAACUGGGAGAAUCGUAAAUUGGCGUUACUUCGACAAUUGGACGCAUUGGAUGCAGAUGUCGUGUGUCUUGAAGAGCUGAGCGACUAUUGGACGUUUUUCAAGCCAGAAUUACAAGACCGAGGGUAUGAAAGCGUCUACGUGAAACGUCCAUCUAUCCAUGUUUCAAACUGGUCGGGUGAGAAAAAGCACGAUGGCUGCGGAAUUUUCUACAAAAAAGACAAGUUUGAGCUGAAAGAGUUUGAAGCUAUAAACUUUCAUGACCCACAUGACCGAGUGGCUGUUUUGGCGUUACUGAAGAUGCGUCACUUUGCGCAGUUCGUGUUGGUCGGCUGCACGCACUUAUGGUGGAAUGCCAAGAAGAUGGAUCAUCAAAUGGCCGAGCUGUUUGAACUGGAGGAAGAGGUUAUCCGUAUGAGCAGCGAUGUGAAAGACAAAUACGAGCGUGAUUUAGUUGAGACUGUAACUGGUCCGAACAGGGUACCAAUCGUACUCUGCGGUGACUUUAACAACUGUCCCGAAUCGCCAAUUUACGAGUACAUGGAAAACUCGUUCAUGCAGAAACCCAAUUUGGAGGGCGUAAGCGAAGUUUUUCGUAGUGCGUACGCGUUCUACAAGCCAAACGCACUGGCGAGUGCAUUGGAACACUCGAAAGAGGCACUGCAGUCUUUCAAGGUAGAAGAAGGCAAGAAGGCUGAGCCGCCACACACUACUGUAAACUUCCGGCGCUGCUGGACGAUUGACUAUAUCUGGUACACGAAGAGCAGUUUGGUCCCGUCACGUGUUCUGGCGAUUCCGCCGGAGACGGAAUUACGAGCUGAAGAUGGGCCAGGAAACUGGUUUAAUCAACUGGCCAUGACAGACAAUUUGAACCCUUCAGGUCGCCUGCCAUCGGGUCUGCACGGCAACUACAACGGAAUUCCCAAUUCUGUUUUUGGCAGUGACCAUGUGCCCAUCAUGGCUGAGUUUGAGUUUCUCUGUGCUAGUAAAGACAGGAAUGUCGAGAGCAACGAGUGA